AUGUCUGACGAUGCAGCGCAGCGCGAUCCCGAGCGGUACUUCCUCUACACCGUCAUCCGGAUCGAAUAUCCUCUCUGUGGAGUUCGCCAAGAUGAUGCUGCCUACCGCGUCCGAUCCACGAAGCGUACCGACGAUGCAUCGACCGUCUUGGGUUAUGACGAGGACGGAUUGGUUGAGAAGAAGAAGACGACGAGCUGGAUUGGAAUGCGAUGCACACCCAAAAGGCGGAUUCUGUUCGAUGGCGAGAGAGCGCUUUCGGAAGAAAGUGGAACUCGGUUGCGGAUACAGUUGUAA